UCCUUUCAAAGGUCUGAGACAACGAGAACAAUUUCAACCACCCUGCGAUUGCGUUUCAACAAGAUGCCGUCUACAACGUCACCUCCUCGCCGUCGACAGCGUGCCGAUAUCGAGAGCGACGAAGAGGCUGAAAAUCUACGAGCCUCCCAGCGAUCGACGCCUUCCACUUCAUCUGGAAAACGCGCCCGAACAGAUGACUACCAGAGCGACGAGGAGUCUGUAGCUCCAGCAGUUCGAUCUGCGAAUGGAUUUCGCAAUGACGACGAUAACCUCUCCGAUGAUGAAGAAAGCGGGGAGGGGAACUCGAAUACAUUCCAACCAGGCGCUCUUAUUCGUGUGAAGCUCACCAACUUCGUCACGUACGAGUCUGCCGAAUUUUUUCCUGGUCCGAAUCUCAACAUGGUCAUCGGUCCAAACGGUACUGGAAAGAGUUCGUUGGUUUGUGCCAUAUGCCUGGGAUUAGGAUGGGGCCCUCAACAUCUUGGUCGUGCCUCGCAAAUUGGCGAAUUCGUCAAGCAUGGUCUGAGCGAGGCAUAUAUUGAGAUUGAGCUUCAGAAGAAGGAGGAAGAACCCUUCAAUCACGUCGUACGAGUGCGUAUUAUCCGAGACGGCAACUCCCGAGAAUGGUUCCUUGACGGAAAGAAGACUUCAUUGAAAGCUAUACAAGCAUUAACUGUUAGCUAUUCUAUUCAAGUCGAUAAUCUCUGCCAAUUCUUACCGCAAGACAAAGUAUCAGAAUUUGCAGGACUAUCUCCCGUCGAGCUCUUGCUCCAGACCCAGAGAGCAGCGGCACCAGAGGAGAUGCUCCAAAUGCACGAAGCUCUGAAGAAGUACCGGAAGGACCAGAAAGUACUUGAUCGUCAAAAUAUCAGCGACAAAGAGGAAUUGGAAACACUGGAGACUCGCCAGCAGAGCUUACAUGCUGAAGUUGUGAAGCUGCAGGAGAGACAAGAAGUUUUACUUAGGGUCAAGAUCUUGGAGCACACUCGGCCUUUUGUGGAAUACCAGCUUGCCCUUGCAGAGCAUCGUGUCUUCAAGGAAAACAAACGUCUAGCCCAGAAACGCUAUGAAGAGUUGAAGACGACAGUCGAGCCCACUAUGCAAUCGAUCGAACAGAAGAAAGAGUACGCAAGUCGAAUCGAUUUGGCGAUCAAAGAUCGCAAGGCAGCUUUGACUGAGGCAGAACAAGCGGCUGAUAAGAAAACAAGAGACAUCGGAGGGUUAGAUGAGGAGAUUACGAAGAACGAGCAGGAGGUCAACGCUGUCUACAAACAAAAGGAAGGCAAGAAACGAGAAUUAGACAGAAUUAAAAGAAAGAUACUAGAGUUGAAGGCUGGUCUGAAUGGUGAGCCAGUCGUCUUUGAUGGCCGAGAGUGGAAUGAACGCAUUAGGGAGAAAGAGCACGAGCUGAGAGAUGUCAAAGCCGAAGUUGCGUCAACGCUCAGUAGCCAUGACGAACUGAAAGAUAGAGCUAGAGUUCUCAGGAAUAGGAAAGAUGAGGCGCAACGAGAUCUUGCCGCAUUUGACACGCAAGAAGGUCAACAAAUGAAUAACCUGGAAAAGAAAUCCGCACAAACUGCCAAAGCUUGGAAGUGGGUUCAAGAACAUCUCGAAGAGUUUGAGAAAGAGGUGUACGCCCCUCCCAUGAUCUCUUGCGCUAUCAAAGACCCUCGUUACGCUGCUGCAGUUGAGUCGAUGCUGCAAAGGAACGAUUUCCUCGCUAUCACCGCACAGACUACAAACGAUGCGAAGAUAUUAUCCGACCAACUGCAUGGGACUGAGAAAUUCACUGAUGUCACUAUUCGAACCGCGAAUGAUGAUCUAGCUUCACUACGCCAAAGAGCCCCUCUUUCACCUCAAGAAAUGCGGAAUAUCGGCAUGGAGGGCUGGGCUAUUGAUUUUAUCGAUGGCCCGGAGGUAGUCCUAUGCAUGCUCUGUAACAGUCAGAAGUUACACCUGGCAGCUGUCACUUUGAACGAUAUCACCGAACCUCAAUAUAACUUGAUUGUCACAGGUGAUAAGCUGAUCAAAUGGACCACGGCCACUCAAAGCUACAAAGUCUCCAAGCGACAGGAGUACGGACCUUCUGCUGUAUCGACUAUUACGAGAGCAUUGUAUCCCGCCUCGUACUGGGUUGAUCAACCUAUUGACACUUCAGCGCGUGGGGAAAUUGAGGUAAAGAUGAAAACUGCGCACGAAGAAAUGGCGGCAUUGAAAACACAAAACGAAACUUUCAAGUCCGAAUUAGUAGACCUGAGGACCAAGGAGAAGGAUCUGGAAGAAAAAAUUCGUGCUCUCAAGUCAGAGAAAGAGGGAUUGCAGAGAGCCUAUGGCGCAUGGAAGGCAUUGCCCGAAAAGAUCCGUGUGGAGGAAGACUCAUUGCAAGCCCGGCAAAAUGCAAGUGCUGAGCUGACGAAACAGAUCAAGAAACUGCAAAACCAGCAUGAUCUUGCAGUCGUUCGAAAAUCAAAAUACGCACUUGAGUAUAAAACUCUAGUGGAAAAGAUUCGAGACUGUCACGACGAGCUCCUUGAAGCACAGAUCAGACUUAUCGAAGCUCGGUCAGAUGUGGAGGCAUUGACGGCACGCAACGAGGAUAUCGUCAGGCAGCUCGAGGAAGAGGAGGCGCGAAAGAAGCACGCAGAACAAGAGUCUAAAAGAGUCCAAGACAUUGCCAAGAGGGCAUUGGCAAUCUGCAAAGAUAUUCUUGCAGAUGAAGAGAAUGCGCCAUAUGAGCAGGAGUUCACACAUCCACCGGCAGAUAUGACUCUUGAAUCUCUAGACAUAGAGAUCGCCGCGGAACAGUCGAAACUCGAGUACAUGCAGUUGAACAAUCCCAACGCCCUUAGACAAUAUGAGUCACGCCAAGUUGAGGUUGAUAAGCUGAAGGAGAAGGUCACUGCGACCGAGACCAAGCUUGAAAAGCUCGAGCAACACAUUAAUAAGAUUCGUGGUAAAUGGGAGCCACAGCUUGACGCUCUCAUUGCUGAGAUCAGUGACGCCUUCUCAUUCAAUUUUGAGCAGAUUGGUUGUGCUGGGUCAGUGAGUGUACACAAGGAUGACGACUUCGACCUUUGGGCCAUUCAAAUCAAAGUGAAGUUCAGGAAAAACGAAGAUCUUCAGAUCCUAGACGCCCAUCGCCAAUCCGGAGGAGAGCGUUCGGUAUCAACAAUCUUCUUCCUCCUAUCCCUGCAACGUCUCGCAAGAGCACCUUUCCGAGUCGUCGAUGAAAUCAACCAAGGUAUGGAUCCUCGAAACGAGCGCAUGGUCCACGAGCGAAUGGUAGAAAUCGCCUGCAACGAGCAUACUAGUCAAUACUUCCUCAUCACUCCCAAGCUACUCACAGGCUUGAGAUACGACAAGAGAAUGAAGGUGCUCUGUAUCGCAAGUGGAGAGUACAUGCCCGAUAAGUACCAAAAGCUUGACGUCUCCAAGAUCAUCGAUAUCCGGAAGACAAUCAUGACUCGGGCAAUCAUGGCGAGAGCUUAGUUGAGACCGGGAACUGGCGUAUUUUGGAGCAAGGUUACAGGAGUUAGGUGGCGUCUGGGCGCUUUUUAUUGCGGUAUCACAUGGAAGUUAAGCGUGAGGCAACUCGGGAACAGGAAGGCAUUGUCUGGAACCAGGUGCCGGGUAGGCGGUCUUGUGUGUAGAACUUUGUAUCUGUACAAUUACCUAUUUGCAUUUGGGAGCUUUGGCUUCUAAAUGAAAAUAUCCUCAG